GUGAAAGACAGACUGCGGGGCGCCUGGAAACCGGUCCGAGGGCGCGCGAGGGAGAGGAGAGGGAGCGAGUUGAGGGAUUGACACAAAUGGUCAGGCGGCGGCGGCGGAGGCGGAGGCGCAGGGGGGAGCCGAGGCCGCUGGGCUGCGGGGAGUUGCGCGCUCUACGGGGCCGCGGCCACUAGCGCGGCGCCGCCAGCCGGGAGCCAGCGAGCCGAGGGCCAGGAAGGCGGGACACGACCCCGGCGCGCCCGAGCCGCCCGGGCUCUCCCCGCCGCCCGCACUUCAUGAAUCGCAAGUUUCCGCGGCGGCGGCGGCUGCGGGACUCAGAGCGGGAGCCGGGGGAGCGGGCCGAGCGCGGCUGGCGCUCGACGGAGGGCACCGGCGCAGAGAUCUCCCUGGCCGCGGGGGGAGCCGCCGCCGGUAGUGCCCCUGCCAGCCCCGGCGGAGCGCGGCCAAGAAAGGAGCCGAGAAAGUAUGGCUGAGGAGGAGGUGCCUAAGAAGUCUCGGGCCGCCGGCGGCGGCGCGGGCUGGGAACUUUGUGCCGGGGCGCUCCGGGCCGGGCUGGCGGAGGAGGGGAGCGGGGACGCGGGCAGCCGCCGCCGCGCCCCGGCCGACCCCCGGCGGUUGGCGCGCCAGCUGCUGCUGCUGCUUUGGCUGCUGGAGGCUCCGCUGCUGCUGGGGGUCCGGGCGCAGGCGGCGGGCCAGGGGCCAGGCCAGGGGCCCGGGCCGGGGCAGCAACCGCCGCCGCCGCCGCCUCAGCAGCAGCAGAGCAGGCAGCAGUACAACGGCGAGCGGGGCAUCUCCAUCCCGGACCAUGGCUAUUGCCAGCCCAUCUCCAUCCCGCUGUGCACGGACAUCGCGUACAACCAGACCAUCAUGCCCAACCUGCUGGGCCACACGAACCAGGAGGACGCGGGCCUCGAGGUGCACCAGUUCUACCCGCUGGUGAAAGUGCAGUGCUCCGCAGAGCUCAAGUUCUUCCUGUGCUCCAUGUACGCGCCGGUGUGCACCGUGCUGGAGCAGGCGCUGCCGCCCUGCCGCUCCCUGUGCGAGCGCGCGCGCCAGGGCUGCGAGGCGCUCAUGAACAAGUUCGGCUUCCAGUGGCCAGACACGCUCAAGUGCGAGAAGUUCCCGGUGCACGGCGCCGGCGAGCUGUGCGUGGGCCAGAACACGUCCGACAAGGGCACCCCGACGCCCUCGCUGCUACCAGAGUUUUGGACCAGCAACCCCCAGCACGGCGGAGGGCACCGCGGCGUCUUCCCGGGGGGCGCCAGCGCGUCGGAGCGAGGCAAGUUCUCCUGUCCGCGCGCCCUCAAGGUGCCCUCCUACCUCAACUACCACUUCCUGGGAGAGAAGGACUGUGGCGCGCCCUGCGAGCCGACCAAGGUGUACGGGCUCAUGUACUUCGGGCCUGAGGAGCUGCGCUUCUCGCGCACCUGGAUUGGCAUCUGGUCCGUGCUGUGCUGCGCCUCCACGCUCUUCACUGUGCUCACGUAUCUAGUGGACAUGCGGCGCUUCAGCUACCCCGAGCGGCCCAUCAUCUUCCUGUCCGGCUGCUACACGGCCGUGGCCGUGGCCUACAUCGCCGGCUUCCUGCUGGAGGACCGGGUCGUGUGUAACGACAAGUUCGCCGAGGACGGGGCGCGCACGGUGGCACAGGGCACCAAGAAGGAGGGCUGCACCAUCCUCUUCAUGAUGCUCUACUUCUUCAGCAUGGCCAGCUCCAUCUGGUGGGUGAUCCUGUCUCUCACCUGGUUCCUGGCUGCCGGCAUGAAGUGGGGCCACGAGGCCAUCGAGGCCAACUCGCAGUAUUUUCACCUGGCCGCCUGGGCUGUACCGGCCAUCAAGACCAUCACCAUCCUGGCGCUGGGCCAGGUGGAUGGCGAUGUGCUGAGCGGGGUGUGCUUCGUGGGACUCAACAACGUGGACGCGCUGCGUGGCUUCGUGCUGGCGCCGCUCUUCGUGUACCUGUUCAUCGGCACGUCCUUUCUGCUGGCCGGUUUCGUGUCGCUCUUCCGCAUCCGCACCAUCAUGAAGCACGAUGGCACCAAGACCGAGAAGCUGGAGAAGCUCAUGGUGCGCAUCGGCGUCUUCAGUGUGCUUUACACCGUGCCAGCCACCAUCGUCAUUGCCUGCUACUUCUACGAGCAGGCCUUCCGGGACCAGUGGGAACGCAGCUGGGUGGCCCAGAGCUGCAAGAGCUACGCCAUCCCCUGCCCUCACCUCCAGGCGGGCGGGGGCGCCCCGCCGCACCCGCCCAUGAGCCCCGACUUCACGGUCUUCAUGAUCAAGUACCUUAUGACGCUGAUCGUGGGCAUCACGUCGGGCUUCUGGAUCUGGUCGGGCAAGACUCUCAACUCCUGGAGGAAGUUCUACACUAGGCUCACCAAUAGCAAACAGGGGGAGACCACCGUCUGAGACCUGGGGCUCAGCUCGUUCCCAGCCCUCGCCCGAGUCCCGGCCACCCCCCAAAAGCCAGCGCGGUGGAGACCAUGCUAAGCCUGGCUGCCCGAGGCGUCCUCGCUAGACCUAGCUCACCUUCGCGGGCUCGGUUUAACAACACAGCUCCUGCAAAAGCUUCCGUCCCUAAGGCAAACUAGGGCCCGACUGCCAGAGGGGGGAUGGACCGACCUCUUGCCCUCACACUCUGGUACCUGGACUGUACGCUUUUAUGAUUGUAAAUAGCCUGUGUAAGAUUUUUGUAAGUAUAUUUGUAUUUAAAUGAUCCAUCACGCCUUUUUCUUUAAUUUUUUUUAAUUAUUUAGUGCGGUUUAAUAACCAUUUGAGGAUUUUCCUUCUUGCCCUUUUCGGAGCACUGCAGAGGAGAUGAAACCGGAGCACACCGGCCAAGAGCUCUUGCUCCUCGUCCUCCCGCGCCCCGCGCCCCUCCCUGCGGCGCCUGCUCUGGCCUGCCAGGGCGUCAGCUCCGGGGCCAGGUCGGCGACACUGCGGGGUGCGACUCGGGCUGUGCGGCCGGGCCACCUCCCGCCUCCUCCUUUUGCCCCCUCCCUUUCUUUCUUUGCUUGGGGUAGGGGCUCUUAAGGUACAGAACUCCACAGAGCUUCCAAAUCUGGAGGUUGGCCCCUGCCCAUUCCUCCCUUGUUCAGCGGCAGAUUGCAAAGGCCUGUCCCUUUGACUUCCUCAAGCUGAAUUUUAACUGUUGAGAACCUUUUCCCCAAAUUCCUGGGGGCCCACGGGUGUGGGCGCUGGCAGUUACAGCUUCCCUCCACGCUGGCCCCCAAAGUGCAGACACUCCCUCCUUCCACCUAAGUGGUUAGAGGGUGAAUGGGAUAACCAUUGCCAAACUUUUUAAAGUCUAAUUUUUGGUGAAUGAGCUCAUUUCGUUCUCUAGUGUCUAAAACCUGGUAUGGGUUUGGCCAGCCAGCGUCAUGGAAAGAUGUGGUUACAGAGAUUUGGGAAGAGGCACGAAGCUUUGUGUGGGUUAGGAGAGACUGAAGAUAGGGGUUGUAAAAUGUUAAUUCUAAUUGCAAACUGAUGCCUGGCAACCUGCCUUUAGGAAUGAGACAACCCCAGUUUAGAUUUUACCCUUCUGUGAAAUGGAAACGUUGAGGUCACCUGGAAAGUUUUGUUAAGGAGUUGAUCUUUGCUUUUCUUAACAGGACAGCAGAACUAAAUAGAAAUUGAAAACUUAAAGGAGAUUUCAGUGUAAUGGACUUCCUCAAAAUGAAAUGCUAUUUUCUUAUUUUUAAUCAAAUAAUAAUCAGACAUAUAUCAGAAGCUUUAAAAUGGAAAAGUUAUACACUUUCAACAUUUUAUUUUGAUUGUUAUUCACCAACACGUUCUGAGGGAGGAACAAUCCACACGACAGCUAAUAACCUGGUAAGAUUUCAGGAGGUAAAGGUGGUGUAGUAAUUGAUGGGGUUAACUCCUGAAAUAAACAAAAUAUGGGCAUGCAUGCCAAAGGGAAAAUGUGUGCAGGUCUACUGCAUUAAAUCCUGUGUGCUCCUUUUUUGAAUUUACAGAAAUGUGUCAAAUGUAAAUCUUUCAAAGCCAUUUAAAAAUAUUCACUUUAGUUCUCUGUGAAGAAGAGGGGAUAAGCGAUCCUCCUGAUUGUAUUGUUUUGAACUUUGAGAGUUUAUCAAAAUGCCAGUACUUAGGACCUAAAUUUAUCUAUGUCUGUCAUACCCUACAAUGACAUUGGUCUUUGAAUUUGGUAUGCAUUUAUUCUGUUCACUAUCACAAAAUCAUCUAUAUUUAUAGAGGAAUAGAAGUUUAUAUAUAUAUAUAUAAUACCAUAUUUUUAAUUUCGGAAAUAAAAAAUCAAAGUUUUGUACAAAA